UCGCGGAUCACGUGCCCGCUCUGCCGCGGCGGCCAAUCGGCAGGGGCCUCCUUCUUCGGUCGGGCUUGUCAUGGCUGCCUUGCCGUUCGGGGCCGCGGGCGCCGCCGAGGAGUCGGCGCAGCUGGGCGGCGCGGCCUUGCCCGCGGGCAGCCUGGGCACGGCCGACGCGUUCCCGAAAGACUUCGGCUACGGCGCCGACGAGGACGAGGCGGGCGAGGACGACGGGGCCGAGCUGGCGGGGGGCGGCGGCGGGAUCGGCAUCGCGGGUCCUGGCGGCGGCGGCGGCGGCGGCGGCGGGCUGGGGGCGGGCGGCGGCGGCGACUCCUCUAAGCAGCCCCGCAUCCUGUUGAUGGGGCUGCGGCGCAGCGGGAAGUCCUCGAUCCAGAAGGUGGUCUUUCACAAAAUGUCUCCCAACGAAACUCUCUUUCUGGAAAGCACCAACAAAAUCUAUAAGGACGAUAUUUCUAACAGCUCCUUUGUGAACUUUCAAAUAUGGGAUUUCCCUGGACAGAUGGAUUUCUUUGAUCCAACAUUUGAUUAUGAGAUGAUCUUCAGAGGAACUGGAGCUCUCAUUUAUGUUAUUGAUGCACAGGAUGACUACAUGGAAGCAUUAACCAGGCUCCAUAUUACAGUUUCAAAAGCUUACAAAAUCAAUCCAGAAAUGAACUUUGAAGUUUUUAUUCAUAAAGUUGAUGGCUUAUCGGAUGAUCAUAAAAUAGAAACUCAAAGAGAUAUUCAUCAAAGAGCUAAUGAUGAUCUUGGUGAUGCUGGGUUAGAAAAACUACAUCUUAGUUUUUAUUUGACCAGCAUCUAUGAUCAUUCAAUAUUUGAAGCCUUCAGUAAAGUGGUGCAGAAGCUCAUUCCACAGCUGCCCACUUUGGAAAACCUGCUGAAUAUCUUUAUAUCAAACUCAGGGAUUGAAAAAGCUUUUCUUUUUGAUGUUGUCAGCAAGAUCUAUAUUGCAACAGAUAGUUCCCCUGUUGACAUGCAGUCAUAUGAGCUAUGCUGCGACAUGAUUGAUGUUGUCAUUGAUGUUUCUUGCAUAUAUGGGUUAAAAGAAGAUGGGAGUGGUAGUGCAUAUGACAAGGAAUCUAUGGCAAUUAUUAAACUCAAUAACACAACUGUUCUGUAUUUAAAAGAAGUGACAAAGUUUCUGGCCUUGGUGUGUAUCCUUAGAGAAGAAAGCUUUGAACGCAAAGGCUUAAUAGACUACAAUUUUCACUGCUUCCGUAAGGCUAUCCAUGAGGUCUUUGAAGUGGGCAUUUCUUCUCAUCGGUCCUGCAGCCAUCAAGCAAACAUUCCCAAUUUAAAAGCAGUGACUCAUAAUGGCACCCCUAGAAAUGUCAUCUAAGGAGGACUGAAUCAGAAUGACCUCGUGCUUGCUUGCUUGCCCUGUGUCUGUGUAUCAGGGCAUGAGCAUCCCAGAGAAUUUGCUGCGUAACUUCAUCCGUUUAUUUUGAAGGAAGAGUGAGUUUGUCAUCGUAGCUGGCAUGGAUGCCCAGAAUGGCUGCCAGGAACCAUGGGGACUAAGAGUGGUUGCUUUAGUUAUAAUUUGGCAGGCAGGUGGCCUCUCCUCCGCUUGGACAACUUCCUUGUUUGUUUCAGAAUUAAACAGAGCAGCAGGUGGUUUUGUUCCAGAGGUUCCAAACUUCAAACGUAUUUCUUAACUUAUUGGAAUAUACACUCAACACAUUCCACAUGACUUAUGACAUAGUUUUGUGGUAAUACCUGAAAAAGUAUAUCCUGUGACUUCUCCCUAGCAAACCUAUUGAAUGAAAGAGCUUAUUUCCUUUUCUAGCUUUAACUUUCCUCAGAAUUGUUUGAAACGUCUUGUCGUAGAUUCUCAAGCUUUUGGCAACUCAGCUAAUAUCAGUUCCUGCACUUAUUCUAAAACUCUUUUUUGUAAUAAUUCAAUUUCACCCUGUCA